GAGCACUUGGACAGCGACCUAAGCACUGGUACUGGGGAAGAAUGCCGGCGGAGAAACUGGCUCACCUGCAGCUGUGGGAGUCGGUGCUGAGGGGCAAGAACGACCUCCCGCCCGAGAAGCUGGACGACCCGUGCAUGCGCCAAGUCCGCGAGCACCAGCUCAAGAUAGAGGGCCUCCAGGAGCAGGCGGUUAAACUUCGGACAACGGUUCAACGUGUCGCUGCCAUGCCACACGUGUGGUCCGAGCCAAGUCACUACAAGCCCAGAAAGCGAAAGGAGUGCAGCCAGGGUCCAGCCGCUGAGGUAUCAAGAUCGAGGCCGAGAGAGCGUUCGCGUGGCAUUCCACACUCUCAUAGAGGGUCGCUACGUUCACAACCCUCGGCGGACGUAGUGUCAAUGACAGAGUCCAGAGUAAUGGGUCGGUCGGACAGCUGGCGAUCCAAGCAGGUGCUGAUGAAGAUGUCGGACGAGGCGCGGGCGAAACGCUCCAAGAGUUGGGGCAGCACCCCCACCAGCUUCCCCUACAGGCGCCUCACGGGCGACUCAGAUUCGGAGUUUUGCCCGCCUCCUCGACGCCUGGCCGAGAAGAUUAAGAGGGUCGUCGUGGAUAUGGACGAGGAGACUCCGCGCCACAGGGACCGCAGAAGCAGCCGAGUUAACCCGCCGCGGCGGCCGCCCGUGGUGUAUCCAGAGGAGGGCCCGCCGAUGAUGCUGCUGUCUUGCGACGUGGAGGGCGGCCGGCGCGUUAUGAAGCCCCUGGGCAGCACCGACUUCAUCAUCCCACGCUACUACCGCCCACACGCUCCCAAUCUGCUGCGCGCCGCCAAGACGCUGGAUGAACUAUAUCGCCUAGGUAACGCCAUGUUCGAUGUGCCGUACCCGCCCAUGGAUAGCCAUAACUGGAACAUGGUGGUCUCCUCUCGCGCUGAGAAAAAAUCCAAUCAAAUCAAGAAAGCACAAGAAGCCUAUCCUGUAAAAACAUUUCGUUUAGUAAAAUAA